AUCGAGUCUUCAUUCCCACUAAUCCUAGAUACUAGUAUAUAUACCUAACACUCUUCUCCUCCCAGAAACUCCAGAAUUUCAGCAGCGAAAUGCGGAACACUUCUGUGCUACUCCUCCCAGAUCAAACAUCAUCGUCAAGUCCAUCAAGACACAUAGCUAUAUCUUUACGGAAGUUUACUUUGCCUCUUCCCAUCAAAAUGCCUUCUAGCACGAACACCAUUGUCUUCAGUAGCAGCGAGGGGGCCAUAAGCGCCGCCAACGUUUCCAUGGUAUCCCACAAGCCGAGUCAUGAAAGCACCUCUCGGAACUGCAGUUCCUGCGUCUCCAACUUCACGGACCUUGGCCAAGAUUAUACCACAAAGUCUGAAGCCGCAGCGGCAAGGUGGUCAUGCUCGGAACGCAGGAUCGCGAAAGCCAAGCAGCAGGCGCUAAACAAGGCGCGGGAGGUGAGAGCUGCUAAACUGCGAGUUUUUAACGUGGGUACUGAUUCCGAGGGAGAGGACGGCAGUUGGAGCUCAAAGCACGAGGAGGAAGACACCAUGGAAGAGGAUGUCAUUGACGAGGAGUGGCCUAAUGUUCAUACACUCCAAAUUGACACCAUCUUAUACACGUGUACUAUGAACUUGGAUUUUGCGUGAUAUAACUCGAAGGCCUUGAAAUGAGUUGGGUUUUUAUGAGAUCUUUAAGGCAGCCUCUCCCC